AUGGAAUAUUCACCAUGGACUGAGAUCUGGCAUUCAUAUGAAGCUACAGGGAAAUCUUUGGCCUUCGCCAUCACGGCCGCACUUUUUCUUGUCUUUUGCUAUACUUGGCAAGGCCCUUGUUCUAAUAUCCCACUCGCCAAUCCGAAAAAGGGGAUAUAUCUCUCGGGACAGAGAGCAAAAAAAGAAUUCGUCUCUCAGGCUAAUAAGCUUGUUUGUGAAUGGUUCAAAACUAAUCCAAACAAGCCCAUUCGCCUUAUUGGAGAUGUAAAGGAGGUCACUGUGCUGCCUCCGAGCUUGGCUCAAGAGAUCAGAAACGACAAGCGCCUAAGCUUUAAUCAGUGGACUUUCAAGGCAUUCCAUGGUCACUUGCCUGGUUUUGAGGCCUUUGCCGCGGGUACAGGAGGUUCGAAUCUAGUCCAGACAGUCGUCACUAAAGAUCUGACCAAGUUUCUGAACAAGAUCACCGAGCCGCUUGCAGAAGAGACAGCCAUGGCCUUGGAGGAACUACUUACCAACAAAACAGAAUGGCAUACCAUUGCUAUGCGAGACGUGGUUCUGCAACUGGUUGCUCGCAUCUCUUCACGUGUAUUUCUCGGCACCGAGCUUUGUCGCAACGAGACUUGGCUUCGAGUAACGCGCGAUUAUACGGUGACGGGGUUCUUGGCGGGCGAGGAACUCCGCCUGUGGCCGGAAUUCACACGCCCCCUUGUACACUGGUUCUUGCCGAGUUGUCGCAAACUGAGGAGGGAAGUCAACGAAGCUCGUUGCGCUAUCCAAUCCACCCUUGCUCGCCGACAACAACUCAAGCAAGAUCUUGUCGCUGCUGGCAAGGACGUGCCAGAGUACGACGAUGCAAUCGAAUGGUUUGAGAAGGCAGCCAAGGGCGCACCGUGCGACAUGACGGCUCUACAGCUCAGCCUAUCUCUCGCAGCAAUUCAUACAACUACCGAUCUUCUUACCCAGGUCCUGACACGGAUCUCACAAAACUUGGAUAUUCUGGGUCCCCUCCGUGAAGAGAUAACGUCGGUUCUUGCCGAUGAGGGCUGGAGCAAAACAUCAUUACAUAAGAUGAAGUUGCUCGAUAGUGUUAUUAAAGAAAGCCAGCGGAUGAAACCUGGCGAGAUUGUGUCCAUGAUGCGCCUUGCAGUGGAAGAUGUGCAGCUCUCCGACGGCACCUUUAUCCCCAAGAAUACCGGUGUGGCCGUAUCCUCUCACAGGAUGUGGGAUCCUGACCUUCACCACGACCCCAAUCACUGGGACGGUUUCCGGUUUUACAAAAUGCGCGACGACCCUGGAAAGCAGAAUGUCUCCCAGCUCGUGUUUGCGAGCCCGGACUAUCUCGCGUUUGGCUAUGGCCAGAACGCUUGCCCGGGGCGCUUCUUUGCGUCAAACGAGAUCAAGAUUGCCCUGGCUCAGAUUAUUACAAAGUAUGACUUUGAGUUGCAAGAGGGCUCUGUGCCGCAGAUACAUAAGCAUGGAUUUGGUUUGCGCGGUGAUCCGUUGUUGAAACUGCGUGUUAGACGACUUGCGAAAGGAAUCUAG